AUGGAUGAUCUCAAUGAUCUUCGUCAACACAACCAACAGUUACAAAAUCAAUUUACUGAUCUCAAUCAGACUCAAGGACUACGAGAGGGAGAUCGACGAAUUGCUGAGACGGUGGUGGAUUUCAAACCUUUUGCGGAGGAAAUAGAAAACACAACCGUCCCUGACAAUUUGAAGACACUAAAGCUUGAUUCUUAUUAUGGUGAUUCAGAUCCGAAGGACCAUCUAGUGUAUUUUAACACUAAAAUGGUUAUUGUGGGGGCUUCAGAUGCUUUGAAGUGCAAAAUGCUUCCAUCAACUUUUAAGAAGUCAGCGAUGAUUUGGUUUACAACUCUGCCUGCGGGAUCGAUUGUGAAUUUCACGGAAUUGUCGGCAAAGUUCUUGUCUCAGUUCUCAACUAGUCGUGCUCAAAAGGUGACUCCAGCGAUGCUAUUCAACGUUCGCCAGGGACUGAAUGAGACUUUGCAGUCUUACAUGGGGCGAUUCAAUCAAUUGUCUGUUCAUUUGGAGGAUAAGAUGCCGGAGAUUUGUGUUGCAGCUUUUGAAUUGGGUUUAAGGCCUGGGAGCUUAAACAGUAAUUUGAGCCGAAAGCCGGUGGAAACAGUGGCGCAUUUACGUGAAAGUGUGCAAGGAUUCAUCAGGGAGGAACAAAGCGAUCAGAUAAAAAACAACCGCCCGAAUGUAGCAGUUACAGGGCAAAAACAGCAGUUUGCUGAACAGUAUUCGAAGGUUUGGACCGAACGUGGAGAUAGAGGAUUUAAUAAUCGGAACCGUUAUGAUAAUCGAUUUGGUAACCAUUCUCAUUUCAAAAAUCGUGCUCAACCGUAUGGUGUACGUGGACCGGGACACUUGAUGACGUGGACUCGAAAUCAAAAUGAUCGUGUUACUCCUUUGGCGGUCAAUUUAACUGAAGCUUUACACACGUGCUUGGAGGCGAAUGUCAUUCGUUUUCCUCGUCAACCGAAGCAGUCAACAGGAAACGUGGACAAAACAAAGUGGUGUGAAUAUCACAGGAUCUCAGGUCAUAAUACUGAUGAUUGCUUUACUCUAAAGAAAGAGAUUGAUAAAUUGCUGAAGGCCGGAUGCUUGAAACAAUUGGAAGGGCGAAGUGAUUCUAAUGAGGCAGGAACUUCAACAAAACGAACUGAAGAUGGAAAGGAGAUUGUGAAUGAAGAUCGGGGUAAACAAGCAAAAGGAAAAGCGAAGGGGCGAAUUCAUUCUAUCUUUGGUGGAUUUCGUGGUGGAGGAACAACUAAUUCAGCUCGAAAAAGGUAUGUUCAUUCAAUUAAUGUUGUUUAUUCUAAUGAUUGGGGAAGUUGGGCAACCAACCAGCCAGACAUUACUUUCACUGUGCGAGAUUUUGAGGGGGUUCAGCCUCAUGAAGACGAUCCCAUUGUGGUGAUGUUAACAAUUGCUGAGUAUGAAAUUGAGAGGGUGUUGUUGGACCAAGGAAGUUCUGCAGAUUUAAUUUAUGGUGAUGCUUUUGAAAAGUUGGGGCUGACAGAAUCUGAUUUGUUACCUUAUGAUGGAUCUUUAGUGGGUUUUUCGGGAGAAAAAGUAUUUCUUAGAGGUUAUGUGGAACUGACGACUGUUUUUGGCGAAGGAAAAAAUGCGGAGACAUUUGCUAUUAAGUUUCUAGUAGUAAAAUGUACUUCGCCGUAUAAUGUGCUCAUUGGGAGACCCUCGUUGAACAGAUUGGGGGCGAUUACUUCAACUAGACAUUUGAUAGUCAAGUAUCCAUUAAGCAAAUGGGGAGUUGGAGUCUUGAAGGCUGAUCAAAUUAUAUCCAGAAAAUGCUAUUCAGAAAGCUUCAAGCAGUAUGGACAUAUGGGAAAGAAAGCUGUGAAAGAGGGACAUCGGGUUUAUGAGGUUGAAGUGAAUCAAGGCGAAACAAGUCUGGAUCCUCGAGAUGGGUUUAUAGAAAACAAGAUGACAUCAGAAGAAGAAACCAAACUUGUGGUCAUUGGCAAAAGGAGUCUGAAAGUUGGCACGAGCUUAUCAGCAAGUUAG